CCAAUGAGGAGUCUCGAAAUACUGUGCCGUGCAGUGUCAUGGCGGACAGACUGGUCAUAUCAACGUCAAAGUUUCACUUAAAACUGAAAAUCUAAAGAUCGCUACAUUUUGUAACAUACCUGCAAACGUUUCUGCUCUCGAACACCAUAGAUUUGAUCCCCCAGUACUCUGAUCCCUGAGAGAGAGAUCUCCCCAGAGGAGGAGUGAUGGAGAAGCCUGCCCUCCAGACGCAGCCGUCCACGCUGCCUUUCUUCGACUCGGCCCACGCCUUCAACCUGCUGCGGGGCAUCCACGAGCUCCGCGCCGAGCGCAAGUUCUUCGACGUCACGCUGUGUGCCGAGGGCCGGGAGUUCCACUGCCACCGCACCGUGCUGGCGGCGGCCAGCACCUACUUCCGGGCCAUGUUCGCCGGCACGCUGAGGGAGAGCGCCAUGGACCGGGUGAUCCUACACGAGGUGUCGGCCGAACUGCUGGGCCUGCUGGUGGACUUCUGUUACACGGGCCGGGUCACGGUCACCCAGGACAACGUGGACCUGCUGCUGAAGACGGCCGACCUGUUCCAGUUCCCCUCGGUCAAGGAGGCGUGCUGCGCCUUCCUGGAGCAGAGGCUGGACGUGUCCAACUGCCUGGAGAUCCAGGACUUUGCCGAGGCCUACGCCUGCCGCGACCUGGCGGCGAGCGCCCGCCGUUACGUCCUGAAGAACAUCGUGGACCUGGCCAAAGGGCGGGACUUUGAGCGCCUGCCGUGGAAGCGGCUGCUGGAGUUCAUUUCGGACGACGGGCUGUGCGUGGACAAGGAGGAGACGGCCUAUCAGAUUGCGGUGCGCUGGGUGAAGGCCGACCCCAAGCGCCGGCUGCACUACUGGCCUGAGCUGCUGCAGCAGGUCCGGCUGCCCUUCGUCCGCAGGUUCUACCUGCUUGCUCACGUGGAGAGCGACCCGCUCGUCUACCUGUCCCCCCCCUGCCUGCGCAUGGUCAGCGAGGCCCGCAGCUUCCAGUCCUGCGAGUACGACCGCCACGACCGGCCCUGCCAGCGCAUGCGGCCGCGGCCCUCCACGGGCCUGGCGGAGAUCCUGGUGGUGGUGGGGGGUUGUGACCAGGACUGCGACGAGCUGGUCACCGUGGACUGUUACAACCCUCAGACCGGACAGUGGCGCUACCUGGCUGAGUUCCCAGAUCACCUGGGAGGAGGCUACAGCAUAGCGGCGCUAGGCAACGACAUGUAUGUCACAGGUGGUUCGGACGGCUCGCGCCUCUACGACGGCGUGUGGCGCUACAACUCGAGCGUGAACGAGUGGACGGAGGUGUCCCCCAUGCUGAAGCCGCGGGAGUACCACAGCUCGUGUGUCCUGAAGGGCCAGCUGUACGUGGUGGCGUCCGACAGCACGGAGCGCUACGACCAUGCCCUGGACUGCUGGGAGGCCCUGGCGCCCAUGCUGCACCCCAUGGACAACUGUUCCACCACUACCUGCAGGGGGCGCCUGUACGCCAUCGGCUCCAUGACCGGGGAGGAAACCAUGGCCAUCCAGGGCUACGACGCUGACACCAACCGCUGGUCCCUGGUCAGCUGUGGCCAGCUGCCCCCCUGGUCUUUUGCCCCUAAAACCGUGACCCUGAACGGCCUCAUCUACUUUGUCCGAGAUGACUCGGCAGAAGUGGAUGUUUACAACCCUCAGAAGAACGAAUGGGACAAGAUCAGUCCCAUGACCCAGGUCCAUGUGGGGGGGAGCGUCGCUGCCCUGGGGGGCCGCCUGUUUGUGUCUGGUGGCUACGACAACACGUUCGAGCUGUCGGACGUGGUGGAGGCGUUCGACCCCACGACGCGCACCUGGACCCCGGCGGGCCGCCUGCCCCAGCCCACCUUCUGGCACGGCAGCGUCAGCAUCUUCCGCCAGUUCAUGCCCUCGGUGCCCAGCGCCUUCGACCCCAUCGACGUGCCGGAGGCCGACGCCAUCCACCUCCACAGGCACCAUCGCCAUCAGGCGCUACUAAAUCACAACAACAAUCUCAACCAGCAGCAAGAUGUCAACGCAGCCCACUGAGGGACAGAGGCACCACCUUGGUUUCGAACCCUCACACCUAUUCCACAUACCAACAAGUAAGCAGAGCCUUGUGAGGAAAACGACACCCUUGGACUUGAAGCAGAGAGGUCUGAACAGCAGCGCCCAGCAAAGAAGCGUCCGACAGGCCGUUCCUACUUCAGAGGGGGAAAUCCCGAACGAUCCCCGCCCGCAGUCCAAUCGGAUUGGUUCUUGGUUUGUGUCUCGCUUUGUUUACUUGUACUCCAAAUAUGGGGAAUGGAUGUUUACUGGGUGUCGAGUGCGGUAGGUUUACUGUGAAUACGCACACCGUGUCAGGAUACUGAAGCUAGGCGGUGGGAGGAGCACAGUGACAUUGUGAAGGGUCAGGAUCUAUUUUGUGUGAGUUCCACGUAGUUGACUCUGCCUGACAGGCUGUCAUUGAUCAUGAUGAUUCAUCUCAAUGACUGGGUAUGUUACAGUCUAUGUUGUAGACUGGCUGGGUAACUCAUUACCGGGUUAGCCCUACAUACCCAUUUACGGACUUCUGCAUGGCAGUAUAGUGGUUUUGGAUAGAUUGUAUACUAUGUAAUCAACUGGGUUUGGUCUUGCAACCUACUUGUCAGCUGUAGAGUGAGAAACAACUAAAUCAAUAGCUUAGUCCCCCUUACAUUCCAAAAGCAAAUACAAAACUUAUGUUUGUCGAGCACUAACCAAAUAGACAACUUGGGUUGACAUUGAGGAUUAUCAUCCAUUUUGCAGAUACAAUGAGAGAACAUUGAUUGAUGAAUCUACUAACAGAAGAUCUGGGAGGCUGUUCACUAUCUCCCAGUAUGUGCUGUUCAUGGAGACCUGGCAGCAGUAGGGUUAGCAUUACUAACUUAGUAAACACCUAUCUAGUUUGCAUGAAGUACUGGUUACCUUUGGUUAAGGUAAUGUUUCCUAUAUCUGGAGAUUUUGCAUUUAUUUAUGAAAGUGAAUUUAUGUUAUGUUGUGUAAAUUAGAUAAUGUUACUGUUUGGCCGUUGCAUCACAGCACAGGUACAUAUUGCUGUAAUGAAAACUGGAAUUACUAACAUUCUCAAUUUCCUCUUGUGUAACAUUGCAUUGAAAUUAUAAUGGUACUUUCAAGUAUGGCGUGUAAUUUUUUUUUCUUUGUU